AUUCAUUCCCACCCGACAACCCCCCGGAGAGGAACCAAGGGGAGAGAAUACUCUUCGGAGAGAGAGAAAAAGGGACAGCUUCAGCCGUUUGAACCUUGGAUCCUACAAAUCUUCUCGAUCCACGGCCUUUUCUGUUUCCAUGCAUUACAACGUCCACUUUCUCGCUCCGGCGGUUGCCUUGGUGGGACUGGUGAUCCAGUGCGGGACGAACGCGGCCAUAAUUCCCGACUCGCUGGGUCGCCGAGUCAUCGCUGAGCCGAGGAGUGCUCACACUGUUCAGGAAUUCCCAGACCCGGGUGGCUCAGCUCCCGAACCGGCUCGGUGGUCCACCCGGAUUCGAGAUAGUAUUGUCGGCCAGUUGUUCGGGAGGGCCGACCGGCACGGAAGGCGGAGGGAGAAUCAAAGAUACUUGUCCGACACGGCGAAGGUUGUCUCGCAGUAUGCUGGCGAUGUGGUGUUGCGUUUCACCCUCAAGACACCCGAGGAGGUGAAAGCUCUAGCCGAAGCUUCGAACAUCUUGCUUUUGGACGUUUGGUCGACAACCAAGACCCACGCUGAUAUUAGGAUAGCGGAGGCGGAUGUAUGUCUUGCCUUGCUUCCCAUCCCAUUGCUGGGGGGCUAGUUGUUAACCGUGAUGCUUAGAUCCCACCCCUGUUGGACCUUUUGCCCGCUUCAUUACAGCAUUCGCAUGCCCGCUUGAUGCACGACUUGAGCCAGACUGCUCGAGAUACUUAUCCUGGGGAAUCACCCGGCGGCCGUUACCAUGGCCGGACACCCGACGGAGUCCAAAACCUCUUCUUCCAAGAUUACCAACCGCUUGAUGUGAUUCAGGCAUGGAUGAAUCUCCUUAGAUCCCUCUUUCCUAGUCUUGUGGAAAUCGUGAGCAUUGGGAAGAGUUAUGAGGGGCGCGAUAUCCAAGCAAUCCGUGUGGGGAAGCGGGGAGGGGAUGGAGGGAGGAAAACCAUUAUUGUGACCGGAGCGGUUCAUGCAAGGGAAUGGAUCAGCGUUUCGACAGUAUCCUAUUUGGCAUACUCUCUUAUCACUGGAUACAAAAGGAGUAAUGAUCGCUCGUUGGAUACCAUAGUUGAUGAAUUUGACUGGUAUUUCAUUCCGACUCUCAACGUUGAUGGCUACGUGUAUACAUGGGAGGGCGAUAGGCUUUGGAGGAAGAAUAGGCAGCCGACCACCUUGGCUUUCUGCAAAGGAAUUGAUCUGGACAGAGCAUACAACUUCCAUUUCGACGGGUCGUCCCAAUCACAAUCGAACCCUUGCAGCGACAGUAUGUAUAACCCUGCAAAAGUUGUGUAACCCCUAUCGCGAGUCAGUUCUAAUGAGGGCAUAGUGUUCCCGGGAACUUCCCCCUUCGAAGCAACAGAAGCAAAGGUGUUUUCGGAUUGGACGUACAAUAUGACCAGGGAGGGGGCCAAGAUAGUGGGACUACUCGACUUCCAUUCUUACUCGCAACAGAGUACGACGACAUUGCCGGUUUGGUUUAGGAUAUAUGCUAACAUUUUGCCAGUUCUCUACCCAUACUCAUACUCCUGCAACAGUAUGCCCCCAGAUCUCGAGAACCUCGAAGAACUAGGAAUCGGCCUGGCUAAAGCCAUUCGAUUGGUUUCUGGUGAACAUUAUGAGGUGACAUCGGCCUGCGAGGGCACCGGGUUCGCCAAGUACCAGGGCACGACCGGCGGCGGGAGCAUGAUGGACUUUUUCUACGCUGAGGAUCGUAUCCCCUACUCGUACCAGAUCAAAUUGAGGGAUACGGGUAGCUACGGGUUCUUGCUGCCCAAAGACCAUAUCAUUCCCGCUGGCGAGGAGAGCAUGAAUUUAUUGAAGUAUUUCGGGAUGUUCAUUCUCGAUGAUGGAUCUCCAGUACAGCGGCAUAGCGGGUUGAAGAAGAAGAAGUGAAGUAUUUCCUUGUGUCCUGUUCCGUUGGGAAAAAAGAUUGAUUCGAACGAAUUGGGGUGGGUUAGUCUCUUUCUUCUUGUUUACUCCUUUUGGUGUUUCGUGAUCACGGCUCGCGACACGUUUCGGGUGGAGACAAGCAAAUGGCGAGUUGGUCCGUGCGGGUAGGCUGGGUAUUCGAUUUUUCCUUCGGUGUUUUGGGGUGGGCAUAGUUUGCUUUGCGUGUACACGGGUUGGGCAUGGCCACAAAAAUUGGCAUGUAUCUGGCAUGGCAUGGGGUGGGAUGGAUGGCAGGAAAAGCAAGCCUCAAAAAGUGUCCUUGGGGGGCUUGACUUCUUGUAUAUUCCGAGGAGCCGUUGUCUCUUUUCGCUGUUUGUCUUUACCGUCUUUUUUCCUCUUUUUGGAUAUCACUUUAAUGAGCACAAAAUGUUGUAAUAAUG